AUGUCGGACGAACAGCAGGAACAUCCAGAACACCCACCGCCGGACUACCACACCAUCCAGCCCCGUAGAGCAACUGCGAUUGAGUGUAUACGAGCAUCCGCGGCCCCGUCUCCACCUAGCCACUCCUCUCAGGCAUUUAAGGUCAACGGCACGAUAUAUGUAGCUGGUCAGAUUGCGGCUGCCCCUCGUGUUGGUCUUGUUAUUGGGCCGCCUUCUUCUAGUGCCGAGCGGAUCUUCUAUAAUAUAGAGAUCAUCCUCAAGGCUGCGGGAUCUAGCCUUGAUAGGGUUGUGAAGACUACGGUUUAUUUCAGGGAUUGUUAUCAGGGUGUUGCGGAUUUCGACGCGGUUUAUAAGCGGAAGUUGCCUUUUGCCCCGCCACGGACUACGAUCAUGGUUUCGAAGAUGGAGAAUACAGAUGUGCAGAUGGAGGUUAUUGCUGUGGAAUAG